CAUAUGCAUUAGCACGCUCAUAACGGCUCGCUCUGUGAUGAAGCACACAUCCCCCGUUCUCUUCUUAGACGACGAAAAACGAAUUUCCAGAGGCUCAUACCCUUCGGAAUUUAUCUCGCGAUCGUAGGCUAGGGUUGCCAUUUGCCCCCUGGGAAUGGAAACCCAGUUGAUACUCGAGGAGCUGCUUCAAGUAGAGGUUGAGAUUCAAGACGUCCAAGACCAUAUAAACAGGUUACUUGAGCGGCAAGAGAAGCUGUAUGAAAGACAGACUGAAUUGAAAACCUUGUUGGAAGCAUGUGAAGGAUCAGGAGACCCUGUUGCAGAUGGUGCUUCAGCUACUGUUGAAAACUGGUCUGGACCAUUUGAGUGGGAUUCUAAAGCUGAUGAUGUCAGGUUCAAUGUUUUUGGCAUACCCACGUAUCGUGAAAAUCAGAGGGAGGGUGAAGAAAAUCUCAAAAUACUGUAUGUCACACCAGAAAAGAUAUCAAAGAGCAAGAGAUUUAUGUCAAAACUUGAGAAGUGCCAUCAUGCUGGUCGUCUCUCUCUAAUCUCAAUUGAUGAGGCACAUUGUUGUAGUCAGUGGGGUCAUGACUUUCGACCUGACUACAAGAAUCUUGGUAUCCUCAAGACUCAGUUUCCUGAUGUUCCUGUGGUUGCUUUGACUGCAACUGCAACACAGAAGGUCCAAACUGAUCUGAUGGAGAUGCUGCACAUCUCAAGAUGUGUUAAAUUUGUCAGCACAGUCAACAGGCCCAAUCUCUUUUAUAUGGUGCGAGAGAAGUCAUCAGUUGGCAAGGUGGUUAUUGAUGAAAUUGCUGAAUUCAUUCAAGAAUCUUAUACAAAUAAUGAAUCUGGGAUAGUUUAUUGCUUUUCUAGAAAGGAAUGUGAACAGGUGGCAAAGGAGUUACGAGAGAGAGGAAUUUCAGCUGACUAUUAUCAUGCAGAUAUGGAUGUAAAUGCUCGUGAAAGAGUACAUAUGCGGUGGAGCAACAACAAGUUGCAAGUUAUUGUUGGUACGGUAGCAUUUGGUAUGGGAAUCAACAAACCAGAUGUCAGGUUUGUCAUCCAUCACAGCUUGAGUAAAUCAAUGGAGACAUACUACCAGGAAAGUGGUCGAGCUGGACGAGAUGGUCUCCCUUCUGAAUGCCUGCUCUACUUCAGACCAGCUGAUGUUUCUAGGCAGAGUUCCAUGGUCUUCUACGAGAACUCCGGUUUGCAGAAUCUCUAUGACAUAGUACGAUAUUGUCAGUCUAAAAGACAGUGCCGCCGGACUGCUUUUUUUAGGCAUUUUUCUGAGCCAUUACAGGAUUGCAAUGGGAUGUGCGACAAUUGUGCAUUCUCAAGUGAAGUUAAGGAAGUGGACGUCACUCGCCAUGCGCAACUUAUGGUUUCUUUGCUACAAGAUAUGCAAGAGAAUGAUCAGAGAUUGACAAUGUUGCAAUUAGUAGACAAAAUGAAAGUAAAGCACAAGGAACUAGGUUCUGAAUUGAAGAGAGAGGAAAGUGAACAACUUGUCAUACAGCUUAUACUGCAUCGUAUAUUGAAAGAAGAAUUUCAGCAUACAGCUUAUGCCACAAAUGCUUACGUAACAGUUGGGCCAUUUGCCAACCAAGUAUUACAGGGAAGGAAAAGUGUGCAUCUUGAAAUUUCUAGCAGAGAGAAGAAUAUGGCUGGUCUGAAAUCAGCCAAACGCAGCCUGUCAUCCUCUAUUUUGGAGUUUAAGCUUGAUGAGCUGCGAAAAGAAUUGUCUUCAGUCCAGGGGGGAAUAUUUCCCCAUUCUAUCUUGUCUAGUCAACAAAUCGGCAUGAUAAGUUCCCAAAAGCCAAAUUCAACAAAACAGUUGGAGAAAAUCAUCGGAAAAUUGAAGACGGAAAAGUAUGGAAGUAGAAUUCUUGAACAAGUUGAGAAGUACUCCAAUUCUGUGCAGACUAAUGAGGUAAAGCAAGAGCAGGGAAGUCAAAAUAGAGCUAACAAACGGCUGAAAACCAAAAAGGCUCUUGUUCUUAUUGAAAGCAGCGAUGAUGAAGCGUGAGUGGAUCUGUAAUUCUAAGGGGAUUUUUGUCAUUUUGCCUCGUUCCUUCCCCCAGCAUUUCUGGAGAGAGACGACUGUUUACACAACUGUAUGUUUACAACUUUUAUUCUUGAAACUUCCUUGAAUAUUUAGUUAAAAAAAACAUUAUUAUUUAUUAAUUUUUACAUCAAAAUGAAGGGCAAUUAGAGCAUUAGCCAAAA